GCUCUACUGAUUGUGCAUGAAGUGCUUACAACAAACGCAAAAGAUUUUGUGCCAAGCAUUUAAAUUUGUGGGUUUUGUCGUCAGGGAAUGCGUUCUGUAUCUUUUGGGCACUGAGUGUGCAUUCGACCUGCGCUAGAUUUAGCAUCCGUAGCUCAUUCUUUUUGGCGAUUUUUUAAAAAAUGCGACAAGGUUUCCCCGUAUCUCAUGCUGCGAAAGCUCACUUCCGUUCUUUCAGCCAGAAGGCUAUAGAACGAAAUGUCUUGCGACAUGCUUUAUUCACCUGUGAUCUGCCUAGCAGGAGGACCAUGUCGUCACAUGUCGUAUCUAAAACAGCGCGGGGGCGUACCACAUCUUCUUCAUGGUUGCGAUCAACAUCAACAUCAAGCAAUGCACCCUUACUGCACGCAGCUUGGUCUACAAACGGGCGCACUGGCUUCGCCAGAUCAACUUCAUCGACACGGAGUUUCGGCUCUUCCACGGACAAGAAUUAUAGUCUCGCAAAUGAGGAGCUGCUCUCGCUGUCAUCUUCAAUUGGAGCAAGCGCCACUCCUGAUACUCGUGUUCCUACACAACAUGAAGCCACAGCCUCCUCAAUAGUUGAUCAGCGAGCAGGAGGAGGACUGGAACAAGGUCUAGAUCAUCUUCUAGUAGCACCAGAUCGGAUAGAUGCAACGACCACUGGCAGUGCUCUGACGUCGGAGGUGGCCGUCCAGAUGGAGACCUCUUCUUCACACUUCAGCAGCAUUGGAGAAUUCUUUUACAUGCCUGUACACGGAGUCCACGAGUGCUUGCAGUUUUUGCAUGACACAGCGGGAUGCAAUUGGGUCGCAGUAGCGGUUCUUGUGCCAUGGGUUUUGAAGUUAGGUUUUUAUCCCGAUCUUUAUCUAUCAAUGAAUCCUAGGGUAGCGUUAGUCCCUCCAAUCAAUAUCUAUCGCUUCAGAAUAUUUUUAUCUAUCAUAAGAAGAAAGUCUCUAAGAUUCUAAGGCCUACUUAAUUAUCAAGAAAAAGAAGCUGGUGCUGCAUCUUGACGUCCGUGGUCGUGGUUAUCCUGCAUAAACGCACACGAAGAAGUUCACAAAGCACUUGCAAACAUACAACUAGCCACUACCUAAGCAGUGUUAUGCUUUUGGGCCAAGAAUACUCAUCUAACCUUCGCCGUGGUCCAGCUUCCAGCACAACUUCAGAUUCAAAAGCAGAUGCAACGUGACGCGCCGAAGCUCAUCGAAUUGCAGCUGGCUGCAUCGGAACUGAGCCAAAAAUUCCUUCUUGAUUCGCAGAGGUUCGUCAAAGAAUAUCAAGCUUAUGGCUUCAUUUUCGUUCAGGGUAGUUGAUAGCUAGAGUAAGUCGUUGUUCAACAAGAAAGAAGAAAUGUAGAUCUCUGGUGGUCUGUCAACCCCGAAUUACUUCUUUUUUUUACCAGAACAUCAGGUAGCAACCAUUUGCGUGCCGUGGCUUCUAAUUUCCGCUAUGUCGCAAAAACAAUAUCAAUCCUUUUGUGGCUCAGUUCCGCCCUUUCCUCGGAGCUUUAGCUUUGAUGCCCUGUCAUCUGAGCAUAUUCGUCGCUUUUCGCAACAUGGAAAGGUUUUCCCCAGGUUGGAACGUGGAGGGCUUUUUCUGGUUUCAGGAUCUCAAUGCCCCUGACUGCUACACUGCUUUACCACUAGCAACAACUUGUUUGACGAUGGCAGCCAUAAAGAUUUCGGCGAGCUACAUCUCGGAUCCACAGCAUCAACGUAUCAUGCACAUGCUGUCCUUCGUCUUCGGUUGCGGAACGCUGCCACUGAUGUUAGGGCUUUUUUUCGAUCAUAUUUUGUCCUUUGACAAUUGUUAUACUAGUCAAUCGAUUGAGCAAGGGCAGGAGCAGCUCCUGUAGAGCUACAGUAAACUAAACAUAGAGAGAUACUCUUCCUACACGGCAACUGCGUAAGCGUCAAGAGCGGCUGAGUUAUAUUCACUCACAAGUACUGUUUGUCGUCUGGAUUUCUGUUUUGUGGUUGAAGUUAAAGAUCAUGUGACCUCAAGUAGUCACUCAGCUAAUUAUAUCGAUGCACCAUCAAGAUAGUGAUGAUGGGCUACCUGCGUAACUUUGUUAUUUUUUGCACUAGUACAACGCGAAUUUAAAGUAUCUUCCGACUUUUUCUAAUUUACGCGUACCUGGGAAGUGGGUUUAAUCUUUAUUGUUGCUCGAACAUACUUUCGACGGUCGCAAUGUCUGCCCUCCUUCGUAACACACAGUUUCGGGCACUCUUCGGGCUCAAGCCUAACACCAAGGUCGAUGAGAAUGGCAAUGUCGUAUUGGUGAAUCCGCUAGCAGCAGCAAAAGUCAAGGCAGUGGGUACUUUAAUUCGAAUGAUGAAUGAUGAAGGUCUACUUUGUUAUUCUUGUUUGUCUUUCAUUCUUGUUUUGAAUUUGAUGUGUCGACGUUUGCCUUUGCCCCCCCGCCAGAUAAGGUAG